AUGAAGGACAAGCGCGUGUCCCACGUCUCCCGAGACAUGCACCUCUGGAACCUCGGACUCUUUGUCAAAAAUAGGAGGGCCAUCAUAUGCUGCAGCUGCCGAAUAUUCUGCUGUCUCCUCGGCGAACAAAGCACACGACCCGAUCCCUCUUGGACAAGCCGCCUGUCGAUGCCCAAGCUCACCGCACCUAAAGCAUCGAAACCUGCCACCAGCCCGCUGCAUACUCGCGGUUGGCGCCGUCCCCACAUCGCCAGUCGACCGCAGCAGCCCACCGCUAGUCGUCGAUCCACGCCCCAUUGUCAGCCCUGA